GCUCUUCACGGAGUAGCUAAGGUGUAGCUCUCGGAAGCAACUUUUCUCUCCGGAUCGAGACCCCUCGAGGGCUUUUGAAGAAUUUCUCUGUGACCUGGUGGCUGGGGUCUUUUGAGGGCUUAGGCCAGGUGGUCUCGUGACGCGUCCCUGUCACCUCGCAAAGCGAAAGGAGGGCAGACGAGCUGAGGUCGGAGCCCGGCGGCAGGCGCCCCGCCACUCCCGGGUCACCAUGGCCGUGUCCACCCAGCAGCUGGCGGAGGAACUACAGAUCUUCGGCCUGGACUACGAGGACUCCCUGUUGGAGAAACUGGCAGAGCUGUGUGUUCUGUACCGACAGACUGAGGAGGGAAUGGUCAGCGAGCUUAUCGCCUUCUGCACCAGUGCAGGGAAGUCAUGCCUUACUGUAGACAUCCUGAACUCCUUUGAACACGAGGUUCUGAACAAAAAACUCUCUAAAGCCUGGCACAGUGCCGCCAAAGACAGCGGGCAUGCAGGAGCCAGAGACAUUGUUUCUAUACAAGAGCUAAUUGAAGCAGAGGAGGAAGAGGAGACCCUUCUGAGCUCUUACACCACACCCUCUAAGGGUCCUCACAAGCGAGUUAGCAGCACCCCAGAGACCCCCCUAACCAAAAGGAGCGUCGCCGCUCGCAGCCCACGUCAGCUUCUCUCACCGUCAAGUUUCUCCCCAAGUGCUACCCCCUCCCAGAAAUACAGCUCCAGAACCAACCGGGGAGAAGUGGUCACCACCUUUGGCUCCACACAGGGCGUGUCUUGGUCCGGGAGAGGAGGCUCUGGAAGCAUCAGUCUGAAGGUCAUGGGGGACCCAGAGCCACUCACUGGCAGCUACAAAGCUAUGUUUCAGCAGCUCUUGGAUGUUCGAGAAGUCCUGGCCUGUAAGAUAGAAGAGCUUGGCAGCGAGCUGAAGGAGCAUCACAAGAUCGAGGCCUUUACCCCUCUCCUGGUCCCAGUGCAAGAACCUGUAAUCCUCCUGGGUCAGAUUGGCUGUGACAGCAACGGGAAGCUGAACAGCAAGUCGGUGAUUCUUGAGGGGGACCGGGAACACUCCUCCGGCGCGCAGAUUCCAGUGGAUCUGUCUGAACUCCAAGAGUAUUCUCUCUUUCCUGGACAGGUUGUAAUUAUGGAAGGAUUCAACACCACCGGUAGGAGACUUACUGCCACCAAACUCUAUGAGGGCGUGCCACUUCCGUUCUAUCAGCCUACUGAAGAGGAGGGAGCUUCUGAGCAGACUGUGGUGUUAGUUGCCUGCGGGCCUUAUACCACCUCUGACAGCAUCACAUAUGACCCCCUGCUUGAUCUGAUCGCCAUCAUCAACCGUGACCAGCCAGAUGUCUGCAUCCUGUUUGGACCUUUCCUGGAUGCUAAACAUGAACAGGUGGAGAACUGUAAGUUGACAAGCCCAUUCGAAGACGUUUUCAAGCAAUGCCUGAGAACAGUUAUCGAAGGAACGAGAAGCUCCGGCUCCCACCUCGUCUUUGUCCCAUCUCUGAGGGAUGUGCACCACGAGCCAGUGUACCCACAGCCGCCUUUCACCUUCUCUGAACUGCCUCGAGAGGACAAAAAGCGAGUGCAGUUUGUGUCAGAGCCCUGCAGCCUCUCCAUAAAUGGAGUGAUGUUUGGUUUGACAUCCACAGACCUGCUGUUCCACAUUGGGGCUGAGGAGAUCUGUAGCUCUUCCGGGACUUCAGACAGAUUCAGCCGCGUCCUUAAGCACGUCCUGACGCAGAGAAGCUACUACCCACUCUAUCCACCCCACGAGGACAUGGCCAUAGACUAUGAGAACUUCUAUACCUAUGCCCAGCUGCCAUUCACCCCCGAUGUCUUCAUAGUGCCGUCAGAGCUGAGGUACUUCGUGAAGGACAUCUUUGGCUGUGUCUGCGUGAAUCCUGGGCGGCUCACCAAAGGACAAGUGGGCGGCACCUUUGGCCGCCUCUACCUCAGGAGGGAGCCCACGGCCAUGGACGGUGGGGGCAGGCAGGGCCUGAGCGUGGCUGUACAGGUGGUCAGGGUCUGAGCCCUCGGCCUGGGUUGUCUGGCCUCACAGACACCAAGAGCCCAGGUAUGGCCCUCUGCUG